GUUGCUCCGCAGCUGCCGCGUGUGUCCGUCGCAUUUUCAAUGCGACACCGCUCCUCAUCUGUCAUAAUAUGGAUAUAUAUCAUAUUCGCGCUCUUGUCAAUAUUCAGUUCUCAUAUUUGUGGUUUUGUGAAGUCUCCGACAAGUAUAAAUGGAUUAUAUUGUAAAGUGCGAUCGGAAACGAUUAGAAUUGUAAGGACAGUGUGAACGAAGCGGUGCAAAUGUGAUUUUAUAUAAGUAUAAAAAACUAAACUAAUUUAUUUACAUCGUAGUAUCGAUGCAGUUAUCCAUUAAAAGAUGGAACGUUACAAACUGGACGCGUUACGAUUUCGUGCUUCCUUUAGUGAGUUAAACUAGUGUGUAGUGAUAAAAGUCUGAUUUGGUUAAACGUUAGUUUUAUCUAUAUCGGAGUAUGCUGAUCAACACGUUCCUUGACACUGAGGAUUUUGUACACCUGUACUAUCCGGAAGAUGAACCGCCGGCCCCGCAGGGCUGUGGUGCGGGAGCACGCCUCGCUUCGAAGUACCCUCGACCUACUACGCCUGAAUAUAAAGAGGUGGCAGCGACGUCGAGCGAGAUGAGCGAGCGCGAGCGGUACCGCGCGCCGCCGCAACCCGAGCCUCCACCGCACCGCGUGCGCGCCUCGGAUCUCUACCCGCGCAUGCGCACGCACUACGACGAGCCCGGUUUGGAAUCCGGUUUCGCUCCAAUAUGCGGCGAAUUUGUACAGUGGGUGGGCCGCACGGCAGACGGCGGUACGAUUGCGAUGUCAAACUACCGGCUUCACUUGCAGCCGCGAAGGCGUGGCGGGCCCGGUGCUUCGGUGCCGUUACGGCUUAUUGACGCACUGGAGAUCCGUGAUUUACUCUGCUUAUAUAUACUCUGUAAACACGGCCGACAAUUAAAAUGCUCAUUCAACACAGGAGAUCAAUGCGUUGAAUGGUGGAGAAGACUGAACACGGCUUUAGUUCCCAUUGGUUCUCUGCAAGAAACGUUCGCAGCUGCAUAUGCCGCCUGGGCCAAGGAACUACCUCCCACGUCCGUCCAUAAGGCGCUCAUGAGGGCGUCACAAGCCCCUCAACGACAUUGGUUCGGACCUGAGUUGGAACGACUCGGUUUCACGACUAAAGGCGCGUGGCGCGUCACCGCUGCCAAUGCAGAGUACAAGCUAUGCCCCUCUUACCCGCCGCUGCUCAUCGUGCCGGCCUGCAUCGGUGACGAAGACCUGGACUCCGUAGCACGUUUCCGCGCAAUGCGGCGUAUUCCGGCGGUGGUUUGGCGCCACCGGUCCACGGGUGCGGUGAUAGCGCGCUCGUCGCAGCCGGAAGUCGGGUGGCUUGGCUGGCGUUCCAGCGAAGACGAACGAUUAUUAGCCGCAUUCGUCACGGCGUGUAACCAGGAUAGGCCUACUCCUAACAAGCAACUGAAGCUGCUGAUAGUGGACGCGCGCUCGUACGCGUCCGCGGUCACGAACCGCGCGCGCGGGGGCGGCUGCGAGUGCGCACAGUACUACCCCGCCGCCGACAUACAGUUCAUGAGCCUGCCCAACAUACACCACGUGCGCCGCAGCUUCCAGCAGAUGCGCGCGCUCUCCGCUGAGCCCGGGGAGCAGGCCAACUGGCACAGCAACCUGGAGCGCACGGUGUGGCCGCAGUACGUGUGCGGCGUGGCGCGCGCGGCGACGGCGGUGGCGCGCGCGGCGCACGCGGGCCGGCCCGUGCUCGUGCACUGCUCGGACGGCUGGGACCGCACGCCGCAGCUCGUGGCCGCCGCGCAGCUCAUACUCGACCCCUACUACCGCACGCUGCAGGGAUUCCGGAUACUAAUCGAGCGGGAGUGGUUGGACUUCGGACAUAAGUUCGCGGAUCGUUGUGGACAUCAAUUCGGCGCAGAAGACCCUAACGAACGAUCUCCCAUCUUCCUGCAGUGGCUACACGUCGUUUACCAGAUGAUGUUGCAGUAUCCCUGCAGCUUCGAAUUCAAUGAAGCUUAUCUAAUAAAGCUGGCGACGCACGUGCACUCGUGCAUGUUCGGCACGUUCCUGUGCAACACGAGCCGCGAGCGCGCCGAGUGCCGCGCGAGCGACACGACCGCGCAGGUGUGGCACCUGCUGCGCGCGCCCGCCUACCGCAACCACCUCUACACGCCGCCGCACCACCCGCACGAGCAGGUGAUCUGGCCGGAGUGCAGCGUGCGCGCGAUGCAGGUGUGGUGGGGGCUGCUGCGCGGCGAGCGCGAGCGGGAGCCGCCGCGCGCCGCGCCCGCGCCGCCCGCCGCGCCCGCCGCGCCCGCCGCCGCGCCGCACGCCAACGGUUUAAUGACGAAGACUAGAUCCUGUGAUAACCUGCUUAGCGAGGGAGAGAAGAGAACUACGCAGAGGAGAUGCAGCGACCCAAAUUUGGCGCCAGAUGUUAUGAAAUUAUCAUUGGUAGUAAACGGCGGCCCAACUGCGGAACGCUCAGAGGGCGAAGCUCCUGUACUCACAGACAGCUGCGUCGAGCAGCUGACGGGAGAUACUGAUACGGAAACUGACCAGGUUGAUGGCCUCCACCCAGACCAUUUCGAGAACAGACUGCGUGACAUCACGAGCAAUUCAUCAUCCUUGGAGCGCGAGCUGGUGGCCGCGCCCACCGUGACCACAAGUGAACAGGCGUGCGACGCUCCAGCGGACACUCCCGAGGAGCCACCUGUGUUCGUUUGUGAAACGUACACCGACGUCCUCGGCAUGGCUGAAGCGGCAAGAGAAACAGCGAGAACGAGAAACAUAAGCAUAACAUGGCGAUCUAUAUCCGAAUCCAGCAACCAAUCCUCUACCGGCUUCGACGUCCCCGAGAACUCGCCACAAAAUCACACCGAAUCUAAGAUCAACCGUCUCCAGGAGACACCCAUUGACAAUCACAAUUCCACCGAGGGGGAUGUGGUCAAUCACAACAUAGUGAACCAACUGACCAAUCACAACAGGGAGAUGGGCAACGGGGACGUCAACGGCUUAGUGGAUGUUGCCACAAAAUUUCUUGAAGUAGACUUGAAUGGCGGCGCGUCGUCCAGCGGCGCGAGCUCGGAGAGCGAGGGCGAGGCGGAGGGCGCGGGGCGCGCGGGCGGCGCGGGCACGCGCGUGGCCAGCCAGCUCACGCUGUGCCCCGCGUCGCCGCGCCGCGCGCCGCGCCCGCCGUGCGCGCCGUGCCCGCACUGCGCCGUGUGCCUGGCGGGCGAGGAGUCGUCGGGCUCGAGCGACGCGUGCUGGUGCGGCGCGUGCGACGGCGGCGCGGGCGCUUCGCGGGCGCGCUGCGUGUGCGGCGCCGGCCUGCGCGCGCACUGCGACUCGCUGGACGGCCUGCCGCCCGCCGCCGACCCGCUGCAGGCGCGCCUGCACCAGAUCAUACUGUACCAGAAGAAAGUGGUAGAGGAAUUGAGCGGGCAGCUCCGCGAGGCGCGCGAGGCUCUCCGUAGGGCGUCGCCCGCGCCGCCGCCUGCGCCGCAGUCCGCUACGCAAGCACAGGUGUGCCGCAACGGCAACGGCAACGGCGGCAGCACGGCGAGUCGCGGCAGCGGCGGCGGCAGCAGCGCGGCGAGCGGCAGCAGCAGCGGCAGCGCGUCGGAGGUGGAGGUGGGCGAGGAGGCGCGCGGCGUGCUGUGGCUGCCCGACAGCGCCGCGCCGCGCUGCCAGCACUGCCGCAACCAGUUCUGGCUGGCGCGCCGGCGGCACCACUGCAGAAGGUGCGGCGGCAUAUUCUGCGGCUCGUGCUCGGAGAUGAGCCCGUGGGGCGAGCUGGGCGCGGUGCGCGUGUGUCGGCGCUGCCGCCUGCGGUGACGAGCCCGCCCCGCCUCUCCGCCUCCGUAGCCGAGUGACGUUUGUGACGUUUAAAACGUUACGAAUGUUCCCUCGACGAAAUUCGUCUUUGAUUCAACGACAGUAUUCCUCAAUGAACUGCUCACGAGUGACGCGUCGGUCGAACGAUUGACUCUCCUAUACUAAUUAGAUAUUAAUUAAUUAACGAUUACUUCCAAAUCAGUUCUAUAUUGUUCUAAUAAAGUUUACAUAAUGUUAUCGA